ACUUCUGUACCAUGAAUACAAAAGAAGCUUCAAAUAGAAAUAGAAUUCAGAUGUCACAAUAACAAAAUAUAUAAAUCUUUGUCAGAGUGGGUUUAUCAAUCAGAACCAGCCUGAUAGUUUUGGUCACUGAAUAUCGCAGAAAACACAUUUCUCUGAAGAUGUGAUGAAUACUGUGGGAUAUGUAGUCUCUCAUGCUGACCUUUGUGUUCUGCCUAUCAGCUGCUCAGCUCUAAGUUGUGAGCAAAGUAAAUAGAUAAAAAUCAAAUGAAAUGCCUCAGAAUAGUGCUGGGUAACCUGUAGAGUAGAAUGAGAGGCAAAGAGUCCCACAGGGAAAGAAUAAGAAUUUAGUAAUCACUAUGCUGACAGAAAUGUAUGUGCGGUCCAAACACUAAAGGUCAUGUACACACAUUACUACAUAUGUGAUAGAAGCAAAUGUUGCUGUAAACAUGAAAACAUUGAUACUUAAUGUUAAAGAAAUAAUAUUAACUACUAGAUAGAAAUGAUGGCUCAACAGUUAAAGACCAUUAACUGCUCUUACAGAGAUCCAGUGUUUGAUUCCAAGGCUUUUAUAUAAUGUACAGACAUGCAGGCAAAACACUCAUAUACCUGGUAUAAAUAAUUUUUAAGUCCCUCAUAACAUGAACAUUUGGCUUUCACGUAGGUCAACAUAUCCUUCUGCCUGAAAUAAUAGAAUUCAGGAUGUUUGGGUGGACUCGACCCUUUAUUAUUCUCAACACUUUAUUUUAUCCCCUAAGAUGGCCAAGAAUCCCAGGAAUGCAGUUGCUAAAGUGUCAUCUAUGGACCUAACAUUGAAAUGAGUUUUACAUUUCUCCAGUUGGUGGUGGUGCACAACCUUGAACCCAGCACUUGGGAGGUAGAGUUAGGUGGAUCUCUGUGAGUGUGAGGCCAGCCUGGUCUACACAGCAAGUUCCAGACAGGGCUACACAGAGAAUCCCUGACCUGAAAAACCAAAAGAAGAUACAAAGAAGAGGAGGAGGAGGUAGAAGAGGAAAGGAAAGAAUUGGACAUUUCAUCCAUUCUCUCUGCUCCUGAGCAGUAUAUUUUUCUACAAACACCAUUUAUAUUUUUUGAAUACAGUUCAUUCAUUUGGUACUCUAGACCUAACAAACCUGACCCACAUGAACAUCAUGCUUUCAGGUGACACCAUCUUCCAGAUCUUUCUCAUAUUGCAGUUCAGUCUUGGUGUUCUAGGGAACUCAGCACUAUUGUUGUUAUAUAUAUACACUUUUGUCUUCAGGCCUUAUUAUAAGAAGUUGAUAGAUUCAGUUUGUAUUCACCUGACAAUAGUCAAUAUUUUGCUGAUCAUAUUCCUAUUGACAAAAGAUAUCAUGUUAUCCUUUGGAGUAACCAAUUUUCUGGAUGAUAUCGGUUGUAAGGCAGUCUUGUUUUCAUUCAGAGUCAGCCGGGGUCUGUCCAUCUGCAGCACCUGUGUUUUAAGCACGUUCCAAGUCAUCACCAUCACUCCCAGUACUUCUAAGUGGGCCUGGCUUAAGCCUAAACUGUCUACAUGGAUUUUUUCUUCCUUACUUUGCUCCUGGCUUAUUAACAUACUCAUCUAUGGAUAUAUGCUUCCAAUGGUAGUAGCCAAAUCCAAUAAUACUCUUGCUGGCUAUGGAUAUUCAGAUGGUUAUUGUAUAAACAAGCACCCUGGGAACCAAAAUUUAGGGUCAUUUUUUAGCAUUAUCCUUAUUCAUGAUCUCUUCUAUGUGACCAUCAUGAUGUGGGCCAGCCUCUACAUGGUGAUUUUCCUCUACAGACACCGCAAGGGAGCCCAGCAUCUCCGCAGCCCUAAUCUUUCCUCCCAGACAUCUCCUGAGCGCAAAGCCACCCACAGCAUCCUGUCUCUGGUUAGCUGCUUUGUGUUAAUUUAUUGGUUGAACAACUCUGUCACUCUUUAUGGCUUUUAUGCAAAGGAAAAAAUUCCAAAACUGGAGUCAGUAAAUUCACUUUUGACAACAUGCUACCCAACCAUCUGCCCUUUUUUACUCAUGAAGAAUAAUAAAGUUAUUCUGCAAUUCAUUUCUUCAUUUUCUGUACUGAGAAUGACCUGUUUUCAAAGUUCACUCCAUGACUGAACAGAAACACCCACGUCUAGGCAAUAAAACAAUGUCUUAACAAUUUUCAUAGAAUUAAGAAUUUGAAUGCAGACCUAGCUGGUUUGGUUUGCUUUGCUUUGCUUUACUUUGGUUUGAUUUUUUUAAACAGGGUUUAUCUGUGUGGCCUUGGGUGUCCUUCAACUCACUUUGUAGACCGGGUUUGCCUUGAACUCACAGAGACCUAUAGGCCUCUGCCUCCCACAUGCUGAGAUUAAAGGCAUGUGCCAAAUAGAAUUACAUCAUAUACCCACCUCUUUUUCUUUCCUCCUGACCCACCCAACAACCUUCCCUUAAACCUUCCCUCUCCUAUUCCAUCCCCCACAUACACUGUUAAGUUCAUAGCACUUUGUCCCUCAAUUAUGAUCGUUACA